GUUCUGUUUUUCAUUGCAACUAAUCAAUUAGCUCUCCUUGAGUUGGUACGAAAGAGGUUUGAGCUACUUUAGGCUCCAUUUAUUCGUGCUGUCUGCACAUUGCUCGGAACCGAACCACAUAAUGGAGUCGAACUCGCAGAAAGACCAUAGUAAUGGUUUUCAGUCACCUUUUAAAUCUUUCGCAACCAGCGCUCUCCAUGUUGGACAAGAAGCGGAGCAAUGGAAAUCAAUGGCUGUAGUGCCACCCAUAUCAUUGUCAACCACGUUUAAACAGUUUGGACCCGGGGAACAUGCAGGCUUUGAAUACAGCCGCAGUGGAAACCCCACACGGAAUUGUCUGGAGAAAGCUGUUGCGGCAGUGGAUGGAGCAAAAUAUAGUCUCGCCCUGGCUUCGGGUCUGGCGGCCACAAUGACAAUUGCACACAUGCUGAAGUGUGGGGACAACAUCAUCUGCAUGAAUGAUGUCUAUGGAGGUACUAACAGGUAUUUCAGAAGAGUAGCCUCCGAGAUGGGCUUGGAGGUGUCUUUUGUGGACUGCACGAAGUUUGAUUGCUUGAAGGCUGCAAUUAAACCAAACACCAAGCUUGUUUGGGUUGAGACUCCAACAAACCCCACCAUGAAGGUCAUUGAUAUCAAAGGCUGUGCGGAUGUCGUCCACGCUCAUAAUAAAGACAUCAUCGUCGUGGUGGACAACACCUUCAUGUCUGCUUAUUUCCAGCGCCCUUUGGCCCUUGGAGCAGACAUUUGUAUGUACUCUGCCACGAAAUAUAUGAAUGGUCACAGUGAUGUUGUCAUGGGACUGGUGUCUAUGAAUCGGGAUGACCUGUAUGAGCGGCUGAAAUUCUUACAGAAUGCAAUUGGAGCUGUCCCCUCCCCCUUUGACUGUUACCUCUGUAACAGAGGGCUGAAAACCCUUCACCUGAGAAUGAAGCAACAUUUCAUUAAUGCAGUGGCGGUUGCCAAGUUCCUUGAAGCUGAUCCCCGCGUUGACAAAGUUGUUUUCCCAGGAUUGCCUUCGCACCCUCAGUACGAGUUAAUGAAACGACAGUGCACUGGCUGCCCAGGAAUGAUUACCUUUUAUAUCAAAGGUGACCUCACAAAUGCGACUGCUUUUCUCAGGAACUUGAAGCUUUUUGCACUGGCUGAGAGUUUGGGAGGAUAUGAAAGCCUGGCAGAGCAUCCAGCCAUCAUGACUCACGCUUCGGUCCCUGAAGAAGAGAGAGAGGUCCUUGGCAUCAGUGACACACUCAUUCGAUUGUCCAUCGGCAUAGAGGAUGUUGAGGAUAUCAUUGUAGACCUGGAUCAGGCGCUGAAAGCAGCACAUCCUCAAAUAAAAAACUAAGGCAAUCAACUCAAGAACAAAUAUACAUGCUGGAUCCUUCAAGAGGAUUGGAAGGGGCAGUGCAUCUUUAAAAGGAAGCAAGGGAUAUCCUACGGAUUUGUCUUAUUUGAUCUUGCAAAAGGAUUGUAAAGGUGUACUGUAAUUUCUGAUUAAGGAGCCUUACAUACGAGUAAUAUAGCUAUAAUCUAUAAUGUGUUUAAACUUUGUGUGAUAGAAGACUUGAAGGUUAGAUUUUUAUUGGACCCUAUUCAUUUCAGGUUUUUACUUCAUUGUUUAAUUUUAGGGCCACGUAAAUAAAACUAGUGAGAAGCAACAGGGAGGGCUACUGCAGUUAUGACCAAGUACCAGUUUUUAAACAUUUCUAGUACAUUUCAUUAUCAUAUAAAUUGAUGUUUGAUCAUUAAAAAAUGCUACUGUAAUGCAACAACAUUCAGGUUUCUAAAUGCAUACACGUUUAAUUAAGAACGUAUUUUUUGGGGGAUAUAUCAUUUUAACUGUACAUUUAUUUACUGACUUUUCAAAGUUUCUUUGUUUGAAAUUGAAUAGUUCAAGUCCUUGGGUCUGCUGAUUGAUUACAUACACUGAAUUAGCACUGUUCUGAUGUAAUAUUUGUGUGAAAUGGCCAUUAAAAUGUAAAUGAGUAAUACACUUUUA